UGCGGUGUUGGGGUUUUCCAACCAUACACAGUGCCUCAGUUAUUUUAGCCUAAUCUCUGCUUCUGUUUUUUCUCAUCAAAAAUGGCGGCAGAAGCUGUGUUUCGAAGAAGCCCUUCUGCUUCAACUCCAUGGAAAUCUCCUUCUUCAACAUAUAAAAGGUCUAAAACUAAUCACCUUUUACACUUCACUAUUCGAGCUUCUUCUCAUUCCAUUGAUGAUAAGAACAAAGCUUACAAGCAACUUGGUCUAUUUUCAUUGAAGAAGAAGAUUGAAGAUGUCAUUCUCCGAGCUGAGAUGUUAGCACCGACUGCCUUGGAGCUUGAAGAAGCAAGGAGAAUAAAGCAAGAAGAGAUGAUACGCGAUUAUGAUCUAUGGAACGACCCGGUUAAAUCCAGUGAAAUUCUCGUGAAGUUGGCCGAUAGUGUCAAAGUGGUUGAUGCUCUGAAAGAUCUUAAAUACAAGGCUGAAGAAGCGAAGUUGAUUGCACAGUUGGCUGAGACGGAUGCCGUAAAUUACAGCCUUUUUGAGCAAGCAUAUGAUGCAUCUUUGGCUAUUAGUGAUUUGUUAGAUAAAUAUGAGGUAUCUAGGCUCCUUAGGGGGGCAUAUGAAAUGGAGGGGGCAUGUGUCAUUAUUAAAGCCAACUCUGAAGGCAACAAAUCCGAGGUGUGGGCUGAACAACUUCUAAGCAUGUAUAUGAAAUGGGCGAAAAAGCAAGGGUAUAGGGGUAGAGUUGUUGAGAAGGACCUUUCUACUAACGGUGGUAUCAAGUCAGCAACUAUCGAGUUCGAAUUUGAGUACGCUUACGGUUUUCUUUCAGGAGAGACUGGUGUCCAUCGCAUGAUAAGGUCUCAAAACGAUUCUGUUCACAAUGAGGUUAGUUCAGUAGGCAUCAAUGUUGUUCCCCUAUUCCUUGGAACAACUCCGGACCUCCAAAUCAGUGAUGAUGAUUUGAUUCUUUCGUCUGUUUUGUCACUCGGAGGGAAACAAAGCCGAACUGGAUAUACAGUCUGUGUUCAGCAUAUCCCUACCUCCUUAACUUUUCAAUCUUCAGGUGAGAGGAGCUACUUUGCUAAUCAAAUCAAAGCUCUCAAUCGGUUAAAGGCCAAACUUCUUGUGGUAGCAAACGAGCAAGGAGUCUCCGAUGUAAGUAGCAUCAACACAGCCGCCAUGGUGGACAUGUGGCAAAAGGAGACUCGAAGAUACAUGUUUCAUCCCAGCAAGUUAGUACGGGAUGUAAAAACUGGCCUCGAAUUACCUGACCUAAAUUCCGUUCUAGAUGGAAAUAUUGAAGCCCUAAUUGUAGCUCAUAUCAACACUAGACAAUCUAAUUUUACAACCUAAAAUUCCCCAUUGCUUGCUUGUACUUCCCACAAUCCAAACAUUGUACACAAACAUAUAUGCUUUUGAAAAAAUAAACCUCAUUUUUUCGGUUUA